GACUGACAGGAAAGCCCGCGAGCACGCGCAGAAAAUGUUUAGCUAGUUCUCGUGUUGUUUCCCUUCCCCUGCCCUCCCCUCAUUGUUACGGCUACCAAAGGCGAAAGGCUUCCUUCCUUUCCUUCCCUCGCCGGCACGGUGACGUUCGUUCUUCCCCUCGCUAAGGGCUGACUUUGCGCAUGCGCAGCCGUUCUGCGAGUGGCGGAGGCUAACUGCGGAGGGGGAGGGGAAACAGAACGUUACGCCACGCCACACGACGGGACAGGACCGAACGUAGAAGGCGGGGUCACGAACUCUGACCUCCCAGAUCCGGAGCCGCCACCGACAAAUAAACCCCGAAGAGCUACAGCUGCGCCUGACAGGAGUCUUCAAAUAAUGAUUAUGCAUACAGGAACUGAAGUAUAACAUUAUACCUAUGGGAAUAUUGAUGAUUCAGAAUCAUGGCAACUAUUGAGGAAUUGGCCCAUCAAAUUAUGGAACAACAAAUGGGGGAGCUUUCACUCUUUUUUUGUAGAUAACACACUCCCAAGGAUCUGUUACACAGACAUUAAUGGACGGAACAGCACAAAGAAUUCAGAUUGUUCCUGCUGAUGCAGGACUUUCCUUACCACAGCGGAUAGAGAUCGUUACAGAUCAACAGACAGGGCAGAAAAUUCAGAUUGUGACAGCACUCGAUCAGACUGCAACAAGCAAGCAGUUCAUUUUAACAAAUCAUGAUGGUUCUACCCCAAGUAAAGUGAUCCUUGCAAGACAAGAUGCUACACCAGGAAAAGUUUUUCUAACAACUCCCGAUGCUGCAGGAGGCCAACUAUUUUUUACAACUCCAGAUAUAUCUGCACAGCACAUUCAGAUUUUGACAGACAAUUCUUUAGCAGAACAAACCUUAAAUAAAGUAUUUGAUCUUUGUGUUGUUUGUGGAGACAAGGCUUCAGGACGCCAUUAUGGAGCAGUGACCUGUGAAGGUUGCAAAGGAUUCUUUAAAAGAAGUAUACGGAAGAAUUUAGUAUAUUCAUGUCGGGGAACAAGAGACUGUGUGAUUAACAAGCAUCAUAGAAACAGAUGUCAGUACUGUAGGUUGCAGAGAUGUAUUGCAUUUGGAAUGAAACAAGACUCUGUACAAUGUGAAAGAAAACCCGUUGAAGCAUCGCGAGAAAAAUCUUCAAAUUGUGCAGCUUCUACAGAAAAGAUUUAUAUUCGAAAAGAUUUGCGAAGCCCACUUACAGCAACUCCUACUUUUGUAACAGAUAGCGAAACAGCAAGAUCAACAGGAAUGUUGGAGUCUGGAAUGUUUGUUAAUAUUCAUCAGUCUGGAUUAAAGAAUGAACCUGCAGUACUGAUGACUGCAGAUAAGGUUGAAACGUGUCAAGGAGAUUUAAGUACUUUAGCAAAUGUUGUAACUUCAUUAGCAAAUCUAAAUAAGUCCAAAGAUAUAUCUCAAAAUAGUGAUGAUCUGUCAAUGAUAGAAAACUUAAGCAAUGGAGAUACAUCAUUAUCAGAGCUUCAGCAAGAUGAACAUGCAAGUGCUGAUGUUUCAAGGGCAUUUGAUACUCUUGCAAAAGCAUUAAACCCAGGAGAAAGUACACCAUGUCCGAGUUCUGCAGAAAGUAUGGAAGCAAGUGCUCAUUUAGCUGGAGAAGAAGCAAGCAUGAAUAUUGUUGAAAUAGAAGGCCCACUACUUACCGAUGCUCAUGUAGCUUUCCGGCUCACCAUGCCUUCACCUAUGCCUGAAUAUUUGAAUGUUCAUUAUAUUUGUGAAUCAGCGUCCAGAUUGCUUUUCUUAUCUAUGCACUGGGCCCGUUCUAUUCCUUCUUUUCAAGCUUUAGGGCAGGAUAAUAGCAUAUCAUUAGUAAAAGCCUGCUGGAAUGAACUUUUUACACUUGGUCUGGCACAGUGUUCACAAGUAAUGAAUGUAGCAACAAUCUUAACUGCAUUUGUUAAUCAUCUUCACAAUAGUUUACAGCAAGAUAAGUUAUCAGCAGAUAGAGGAAAACUAAUGAUGGAGCAUAUCUUCAAACUUCAGGAGUUCUGCAACAGCAUGGUGAAGCUUUGUCUUGAUGGUUAUGAAUAUGCUUAUUUGAAAGCAAUUGUCCUCUUCAGUCCUGAUCAUCCAGGCUUAGAAAAUGUGGAACAGAUUGAAAAAUUUCAAGAAAAGGCAUAUAUGGAAUUCCAGGAUUAUGUAAUGAAAGUAUAUCCAGAUGAUACCUACAGGCUCUCUAGGCUACUUCUCAGAUUGCCAGCCUUAAGACUGAUGAGUGCAGCUAUCACAGAAGAACUGUUUUUUGCAGGACUCAUUGGAAAUGUUCAGAUUGACAGUAUCAUACCAUAUAUUCUACGAAUGGAGACUGCAGACUAUAACUCUCAAAUAAUUGGCCAUACUAUAUAAAAAAAAAAAAAAAACCAGUUUCUAUACCAUGGCAAUCGUGGUGAUUUAAAUGUACAUUAUCUCCAAGAGAUAAAAAAAAGUUUUCCUGUGAAGGUGUAGCACAAAAAAUAAAGGAAGGUGCUAAUUCUUCUUUAGCAAUUCAUCUGGAAAAGACAAUGGAAUAUCUUCGCUGGUACAGGAUGACUUGCCUUUUAUCUGAUUUUCAAGAACUUUGUACAUUUCUGAUAAUUAGUGAAAAUCAAGAAGUGUAGUUCAUCCUAUUUUUGUAGCUUAGCUAUACAUGGAACUUGUGAACUUCAAGCAAAUACACAUGUUAACCUUUGAUAAAGAGAAGCUUCAAAAAAACAUUUCAACCUGAUACUAGGACAAAUAAAUUUCUUCUCCAAAUGUUCUGGAUUCAGUAUUUUGUUUCUAUAAGUUUACUUUUGUCAGUUUCCUUUCUGCUUCCAUUUCUGAGACAGAGUUUCAAUUCUGGAUAACUCAGCUACUUUUUUCAGAAGUUAAUUUUUUAUUCAGAAACAGGUGAUUUUGGAAUUACUUAAAACAGGGCUUUAUCUCAUGUUAGCCUUCCAAAUCAGUGAUUACAUCUUUUGCAGUACUUAGAUUAAUUUGAAGUACAAAUAAUUGUUAUGUUCAAAGUUAUUUAUCAGUUGCCAAGAUUUCAGAGUAAACAUAAUCCUAGAUAUUUUAAUCACAUCAAAAUUGUUAUUCCUAACUCCUGUUAUUUAUACAUGCAAAAUCAUUUGCCAUUGUGAUUGUGCUUUAAUAAUGUUUAAGCACAUGUAUCUAGGUAAAUUUGGAGAAAUAUAUUGAAUUUCAUUGUAUGCAACUCUGUGAAACAACACAUUCAGCCACAUCCAGUGUUAUAUGAGCAAUGAAGCUUGCACAUUGUACUUUUCCUCAGUCCUUUUGUGUAUCCCAGGUUUGCUCCCUUAUCUUAAACCUGGAGCAAAUUUGGGAAGAACAUAGAGAAAAUGAAAGAUGGGAGAAGAGUUUUUCCACAGAUUGAUGCUAUUCCACUAUUAGAAUUACACUACUGAAUGAAAUUAUCACUUUUAUUGAUAAAAAUU